UGACAACCGGCGGUUUUGAUAACUUUUUCGAUUUUUCCCCCCAACAAAAGUCUGUUUUCUUCAAAGACACAAUAUUUUCAGUCUUCUUUUCGGUUGUCGAAUAGAAAGUAGAUAGGUAAAAGUUUCAGAAAUGUGAUGGAACCAGGACCCUCGCCAAAUGAAAAACAUAAUUAUUUUAAGAAGUUGAUUGAUUAAAACUGCUGAAUGGAUCCCGAUGAAGAUGUCGGACCGGUGGGCCUGGUAGAUAAACUAUGCAGGCACUUUCUUAAAGAUGACGAGAAGAGAAACAUAUUCAAGCCAAAAGAUGAGAAAGGACCGUGGAGGAGAAAGUUACGCAUCAGAUUCUAUGAUUCUCUCUUCAGCAACUUAAAGAAAGUAAAAGCAAGGUCAAAGAAUUCUAAACCGGGGCCAUGCAUGACUGAAGUUGACAAGUUAUUUGCCCACGCCUAUGAGUUAAGAGUUCAGAGAAGAUUUGAUGAUGCCAACUCAUUGGAAGAGUUCAUACUUGACUUGGAUAAGUUAGAAGAAAAUGCUGGUAGCUCUGUUCAGAAUGUUUUGAAGUUGCUCCUCUGCUUGGCUGGUACAGGCUGUCCGUCUGCUCAGGAUGCCUUGGGACACGGCAAACAGCAACUACCAGUUUUUCAUCAAUCACAGGCAUCAAAGGCUGUAGUUCCAGUUGGGCCGCUGAACUAUGGCGACACACAACUAAGGCGGCCGUUUGAACAAUUCUAUAUGCAAUAUCCAAGGCAAAUCUUUGAGAUGCCCUGUGGUACGAUCGCUUUUGAAAUGCCCCCUGCAUUGAAGAUGAUCAACAGCACGGUCUGCGAGAGUACCCCUGGUAGCAACCUAUCUACCGACUUUUUCAUGGCCCACGGCCUGCUGAACGACACCCACGAGAAGCGGACACACUUGUCUCUAUUUGGUGCUCUAGUCAACAGUAGAAUGAUGUCACUGGAUGCCAGGUUAGACUUACCCGAUCUUGACGAGGAUGCUGGGAUUAAUGUGCCGUCAUUGAGCAAGAUUACAGAGUACACUACAUCUCCUGAUGAAGGGUUCGAAACGAACUCGUUGACGUCGAUGACUAUCCCUGUUGCAGACGUUACUCCUGACGAGGAUAUAUGGGAGCUGGCUCUCCACUACGUACCAUCCAAGCAUCGUACUUGGGAGAACAUCGGGCGCGUGCCUGGACCCACCGAGCGUCCCUACCUAACUGAGGCUGGACCUCACGUGUUUGACGAGUUAUGCAAGCUCCGGGAGGCCGACAUCCAGUUGCUGGAUCCCAAGUUGCGUCUGCCAAAACGACGAUGCAUUUCUAUGAAGAUUCUAGUCCGAGACGUUCUCUAUUUGCUCACGGGAGUCCUAUCCAAAACGUUUAUGUUUGAUAAAGAAAAAGAGGAAUUCUACGUCUGCCCAGGUGUUCAUUUGAGUGGCACAUCACCGGAAGCCCUAACCCAGCUGUGCUCCGAGCUCAUCGAAUGUGGCACCAACUAUCACAGACUCUUCAAGUUCUCCAAGCCCCCUCUUGUCAAUUCGCUCUACACCCAGGGCCUAGUGUUCCAGGCCCUGACGGGCGCCUUGAGGAAGUAUCUCCACUACUACGAGGCCUGUGUGCUGAUGGUGUCACAUAACAAGACCGUCAUGGAAGUGAAUUUCAUGUUCAACAAGAUCAAGCCACAGAUAAGGUUCCUGGCAGAGCUGUGUCUGUGCUCCAUGCGGCCGCCUUCUGGCUUCCCGAGUCCGGCAGAAGAGUUCCCGAAAGGGAUUAAGCUGCUGUCCUACCUGUACCAGAUAACAGUUGAUAACUGCAGCUCUGAUCACUAUCCAGUGUUGCUCUCCAUACUCUACACAAGCUGUGGCCCUUAUAUACAAUUUAUUCAAAACUGGGCCUAUCAUGGCUUUUGUCAGGACAUUUAUGAGGAGUUCAUGAUUCGUGUAAAUCAAGACUUUCUGUUCUGUAGGGAUAAAUAUUACUGGACGAAUGGCUAUGAGAUGGUAUCACAGGAGUCUGAAGAGAUGGUGCCUCUUUUCUUGAAGGAUCUAGCUCUAGACCUAUUUGUGUGUGGCAAGUCUAUCAACUUGCUCAAGUUAUGUUGUCCAGAGCAUUUCAUGUGUAACUUGGAUGAAGAGAGCAUUCCUCGAGUGACGAUCACAUUCUCGGGUCACGACCUGGCAAUGUUACAGACAACAUGCCAGGCUUACAUUAGUCGGAUGAAGCAGAUAGCUCAACAGAAGAUUCACACCAGAGCUGAGAUUAAAGAGCGUGCCGAAAGAGCCAAGUUGGAUUUGAUACAGAAAGCCAGGCAUGCUGCUGCUAAAGAGAUGGACAAAUUCCAGGCCAAACUGAAGGAAGUUCGCCGAUUGGUUGAUGCCAAGAAGAGGCAGCAGUUCCAUGAGUUAAAGCAGCAGAUGGUGGACGAUUUGGAGCGGAGGCAGCAGGUGAUUGACAAAGAGAAGGAGGAGGACAAAGCCAGGAUAGAUGCGGCGACGAGGACGGAGGGAGAGGAGAUGACAGAGGAGCAGAGGUUGGAAGAGGAGGCCAGAGAGGAGCUGAUCGCCUACUACAGUAAGCUGACUGAGGAAGCUGCCCGGAGGGAACAGAAAGCCCUGUGGAAGAUACGGAGGCACAAGCUGGACAAGGCCCGGGAGCUCUACCUCCUGAAAAACGAAGAUGACCUCGAACAAGAGAUGCAGCAAUACAGAGCAAAAUUGAAUGCCUCUAUUGAUGAAGCAGAUGAGAGUGUUGAGCAGACUAUUCCAACAUCCAACCUUCUGAACCUCACAGUCAACCAGCCAGCCUCUGCCCCUUUGUCUGCUGUAACCAGAAAUAUUCUCGAUAUGUCCAUCCCCAACUUCCCCUUAUCGACAUCAGUUGUCGGACCACAGGUUGAGAACCUUUUGGACAUCACCCUGGACCAGCCGGCCAGCCACGGCAUUUCACAUACGGAUGGGAAAAAUCUAAUGGAUGCAUCGUUGAGUGAUCUCCCCAACUGGGCCCAAAGAACUUUUCCGGCUGGUCAAGAGAUGACUUGUGGUGUUGAAGAUUCUGCAUUGCCUAAAUGGGCCAAGAAAGGCAAUGUGGAUCCGAGCCUGGGUGCUCAGGUUGUGGUUGAUUCGGCCGAGGUUACCCAGGAGGAUCCAAAAAAUGUGACUUCGACUCUAGUGGUUUUGGACGAGACUUGUGAUGAGUCGAAAUGGAACAAGGGGCCUUCUCUUCAGAUGGAUGCUGAUGGGUUACCUAAGUGGGCGCAGAAAGAUGGCCCUGCUACAGGUGACGGUUCCAUCAAUAUGCCUGAGUGGGUGAGGGAAGAACUUGACGAAGUUGAUGAAACAGAUUCCGAAAAUCUGAAAAUAGGAGCAGACGAUACUAGUGUUUUCGGGAAAAACAUUGAUGUUGAUCCUGCUGGAAAGGCUCGUACUUCUGUCAGUGAAGCGAAUGGUGUUGUUACUAACGUUCGAAUGGUAGAAGGAUUUGCGGCAACAUUGGAAACGGAAGAGUCGGAAUCCAAACCGCAUAUUGUGGUUUUUGAAGACAAGCACGCGUUGAAGGAGACUGAGCAAAGGGAAGAGCGGCCAGCGAUCAAGGCCAUCCCUGGGGAGCAUAUUGCAAGAGAAAGUGAGGAUAACCCCAUGGAGUACCAGUACAUGCCACCGCAACUUCGAACACCGGAAGAAAUCUACAGAGAUUUGGAUCAAAAUACUUCCGGGUACGAAAUACGCCAGAGCAGACGUAAAUUAAAAAUGGGCAACUUGCCAAAAAACAUUCUCAAUAAACACGUCUCUGAAGAAUCGAAAAUUUUGGACGUUAAGUCAAAAAGUGCUAACGUCCAUGGACAUCAUUCAGAUGAAACAAAUCUUGUCGAACAGAGUGUUAGGUUUGAUGAAGUCAGACGUAGGAAGUUCGAAGAGCUGAAUGUUCAUGGACAUUCGUCGAAGGAGAGUGACGAGGUCGUUAAAAUAGCCACAAGGAAUGUCCACGGGCAUCAUUCGCAGCAAUCGGAGUUGAGAGAUGUUGAUGCGGCGAGGUUGAAAAAGUUCAAGGAGCAGAACGUACACGGUCAUGCGUCUGCCCAGUCGAAUAUGCUCGACUUGGACACUGUCCGGAUGAUGAAGAUGAAGAAGUUACGUGAAACGAAUAUUCACGGACACGUUUCAAGCGAGACUGCCGACACGGACGUGGCACGUUUGGAGAAGUUCAAGAAGCGUAACAAGCAUGGUCAUUCAUCAGAUUCGACAGUGCAGAGGCUGCUGUAUGGAGUUGAUAAGUUUGGAGUUGCAGCGGUUAAGGAUGAGGAGAUGAGCGAUGGAGAGAAUGCUGACCUGACAGUUUUUGAUCAUGGCCAGGCGGCUGAAGAGGCUUUGUGGGUGGAGGAUCGCCUUGAGCCUUAUCAAGACAACUUUGACAUUGUCAAUGAGCCUCCGAUGGUUGACAUCACCCAGGACAUCUACCAGAGUCCGUUCACCCUCUGGCAGGACGUGGAUAAAGUUGACAAUCACCAGUACAUGUCCCUGCCAGUCUUAUUGAAGAAGUCAAUCACAGCACCAUUGCUUGCUCAGAUUUCACUAGUGAACAAGAGCAUGGUGAGCUACUUCUAUCACGACCUGGAGAUCGACCGCCACUUUGAGGCAUUGCGGAUGUACCUGUUUAUGGAAGAUGGAGAAUUUGGCCAGACGCUCGGUGAACACCUAUUUGAAAAGCUGGCUCAGAACCCUCAACCCCAAGAUGUCUUGAAUCCGGUCUUCCUCAAUGGCGUGUUGACCAAAGCCCUGCGCUCCUCUAUUCAUGGUGACAGUGACCUUGCUAAGGGCAUCUCCUUCGUCAUCAAGCAUGUGCCACACUUCUUCAGCUUAAACGGCGACGGACCUCUUGAGUGCAUCGAUCUGACAUACAAGGUGGACUGGCCGAUGAAUAUUAUUAUCACGGACAACUGCUUGGUCAAAUACGGCAAGGUGUUUACGUUCAUGUUACAGCUGAAGAGGACUGUAUGGACACUAAAGGAUGUGUGGCAUCAGCUCAUCAGAGAUCCGAUGAUAUUCAAGGCAAGGAAUGUGCCACAGGUCAGGCAGUUACAGUUGUUCAGGCAUGAGAUGCAGUGCUUUGUCAAGGUGAUGCAGGGCUACAUCUCAAACCAGAUCAUCCACGUUUCCUGGCGCGAAUUUCAAGACGAUUUGAUGAAUAAUGUGCACAGUCUUGAUGAUCUGCAUCACAGGCAUGCCGAGUACCUCAACAAGGCAGUAUUCAGAUGCUUGCUGAAUGCGAAAGCUGCCCCUGUCAUGAAGGUGAUACAGGAUAUCUUCAAGCUCAUCCUCCGUUUCCACGCCUACCUGACUGGCUUUGCCUGGCAGAAGAGCGCCACCAGUGGUGAGAUCACGCACCCCAACUUCGCCAACUUGCUGGCCACUUACAAGGCUUUCAAAGACUAUUCCAUUUUCCUGUUCAAGGUUGUGAACAAGCUGUCCGCCCGGGGAUACCAUCAACAUCUUGAAGAGUUCCUGCUGCGUUUGAAUUUCAAUUCUUACUACACGGAGCACCAGCCAAGAUAAUGAACUAUGAUGACAUGUUUGUACAGUGGAACCUCUCUUAGCGGACACCUCUCUAUUAAGGACAUACUCUCUAAUAAGGACAGCAGUUUUGGUCCCAAACCUGUCAUUUCUAUUCAAAUUGACCUCGGUAAUCAGGACACCUCUCUAUCAAGGACAGCAUAGGUCAGUCCCAAGUGUGAUCUCAGUAGAGAGGUUCUGUUUUGUGUUCCUACUUCUGACAACGUUCUACUGAUCAACUUGUCGUCGAACAAGGUGAAUUGACGAUGGUGAAAACAAUCACAUCUUAUGAGAGUCAUACCAUCGUUGUGACGUCAUUUACUAGUGUGACAUCAUUUCAAAAUCAAUAACAGCUGACUUGAUGAAUUGAUGGGUCUUUAUGUAACGAACAUGUACAGUUAUUCAAUAAAUGUUUUCCGGGUACAAUCCUUAGUACUUCUGAUGUACUGUGAAAAAAGAGAGACCCCUAUUGGCGACUGAUUGUAACUUUAUCUGACCUACCUGGCUCCUGCCUCUUGUCUCCCUUUAACAUUCCAGAGGCAGGGAGGCAUGACUAGUUAUUCUUUGAGACUAUUUGAUGAGUAUUUUUAAGUUGUCAGGGCAAAAAUCGAUUUCUCAUGUAGGUGUCCCUUUAAUCAGUUAAAGAGUAUCAUGCUUACUUUUGU